CACAGCAAAAAUGGCAGCGCACUUAUCUUAUGGCAGAGUAAACCUUAACAUUUUAAGAGAAGCCGCGCGGAAGGAGCUUCGUGAGUUUUUGGACAAGUGUGCGGGAAGCAAGGCAAUUGUGUGGGAUGAGUAUUUGACUGGACCAUUUGGCUUGAUAGCACAAUAUUCAUUGCUUAAGGAACAUGAGGUGGAAAAGAUGUUCACUCUCAAAGCAGGCCGUCUUCCUGCAUCGGAUGUCAAAAACAUCAUCUUUUUUGUCCGUCCAAGACUUGAGCUGAUGGACAUAAUUGCAGAGAACAUAGCCAGCGAGGACAAAAUGCAUCCUCCGCGAGACUUCCACAUCCUGUUUGUUCCCCGGCGGAGCAUGCUCUGUGAGCAGAGGCUGAAGGAGCAGGGAGUGCUUGGGUCCUUCAUCAACAUCGACGAGUACAUCCUGGAUCUCAUUCCCUACGACGGAGACUUGCUCUCCAUGGAGUCUGAGGGUGCUUUCAGGGAGUGUUACCUGGAGAGCGACCAGACUAGCCUGUAUCACACCGCCAAGGGCCUCAUGACACUCCAGGCUUUAUACGGGACCAUACCCCAGAUCUAUGGGAAAGGGGAGUGUGCAAGACACGUGGCCAACAUGAUGCUGCGGAUGAAGAGGGAGUUUGCAGGCAGCCAGACCCAGAUCCUGCCCGUGUUCGACACCCUGCUGCUUCUGGACCGCAACGUGGACCUGCUCACUCCCCUGGCCACACAGCUGACCUACGAGGGCCUCAUCGACGAGGUCUACGGCAUCACCAACGGUUACGUCAAGUUGCCACCUGAGAAGUUUGCCCAGAGGAAGCAGGGGGAGGGGGGCAAGGAUCUGCCCACGGAGCCCAAGAAGAUGCAGCUGAACUCUGCCGAGGAGUUGUACGCUGAGAUCCGCGACAAGAACUUCAACGCCGUGGGAGCGGCCCUCAGCAAGAAGGCCAAGAUCAUCUCCGCAGCCUUCGAGGAGCGUCACAAUGCCAAAACAGUGGGGGAGAUCAAGCAGUUUGUGUCCCAGCUGCCUCACAUGCAAGCAGCCCGGAGUUCACUGGCCAAUCACACCUCCAUCGCUGAGCUCAUCAAGGACAUCACCACUUCUGAGGCCUUCUUCGAUAACCUGACAGUGGAGCAGGAAUUCAUGACAGGCGUCGAAACAGACAAGGUCAACACAUACAUAGAGGACUGCAUAGCCCAGAAAGACCCUCUCAUUAAGAUCCUGCGUCUGGUGUGCAUGCAGUCUGUCUGCAACAACGGCCUGAAACAGAAGAUUCUGGACCACUACAAGAAGGAGAUCCUACAGACGUACGGGUACGAACACAUGCUCACGCUCAACAACCUGGAGAAGACAGGCCUUCUGAAGCCUCAGACCAACAGCAGGAACAACUACCCCACCAUCAGGAAGACCCUGAAGCUCUGGAUGGAAGAUGCCAACGAACAGAACCCCAACGACAUAUCCUACGUGUACAGUGGUUACGCCCCCCUCAGUAUUCGGCUGACCCAGUUGUUGGCGCGGCCCGGCUGGCGUAGCAUCGAAGAGGUUCUGAAGAUGCUCCCCGGACCGCACUUUGAGGAACGACAGCAGCUCCCCGCUGGGCUGCACAAGAAACGCCAGCAGGGAGAGAACAGGACCACCUUGGUGUUCUUCCUCGGAGGGGUGACCUACGCUGAGAUCGCAGCCUUGCGCUUCCUGUCCCAGAUGGAGGACAGCGGCACAGAGUAUAUCAUAGCAACCACCAAGCUCAUCAACGGCACCAGCUGGAUCAAAUCCCUCAUGGAUCGGCCCGAAGCCCAGACCCCCUGACCCCCUGACCCGGUCAUGAGAACAGAUGCACAGCUGCACACAUGAAACAGUCCCACUGAAACACCUGGGCUUUGAUUCACUUCUCCCCAGGUGUCAGGUUGAAAUCUCAAACCGUCAGCAGGAUCAAGAGCGAACUAUGUGUCCUAACAUCAUAACAUAACGUAUAAUAACAUAACCUCAGACAUGUGUCCUGCGUCUGUUUUGUAUCAUGUUAUCAUGUUAUGCACAUUUAUGACAUUAUUUAAAAAAUACCAUUGAAGACAGUGAAACUAUAGGUCUGUAAUUAUUUUUGUCUCAUUACAGUUAAAUACAGUUACUGAGUUUUUGUGUCAUUACAGUAAGAUUUUGUUAUGCACAAUUGCUUAUCUUGUUUUAUAAUUGUUUUCUUAUGUUUAUUUUCAUUUCUCUGCAUCUUAAAAAAAAUAUUAUUGUAAAUAAAAUGCACAGUAA